UAUUUCCAAAAAUGUAAUUGCACUUCACAAUCGUUAUUCUUAUUGUGAAAUGUGAAUGAUGACAAUACCAGCACAAACAAACGAUGUACAAUUAAAUUAAUAUAGAAAAAAAGCAUUGUUCUGUUCGGUAUUAAAUAAUAAGUUGUAUAUCAGCUAUUUUGUAACAAGCCAAAAUGAACGAAAUUGACGAUAAGUUUUAUUAUGUGUAUAGUUCGUCGUUAGAUCAUAAAGUAGAGAUAAAAAUUGGCACUCUUGAAGGCAAGCGGGCUAAGCCAGAAUAUGACAAGUUGUUGUCAGACCCCAUGCUCAAAUUCUCUGGACUAUAUCAGGAGGGCUGCUCUGACUUGUAUGUUACGUGUCAAGUGCUGUGUGACGGGGUGCCUCUUGCAUUACCGGUUACAACAUCAUAUAAGGCUUUUACAAAUAGAUGGAAUUGGAAUGAAUGGGUGACUCUUCCAGUAUACUACAGUGAUCUACCACGGAAUGCAAUACUUGCAAUGACAAUAUAUGACUGUGCAGGACCGGGAAAAGUGAUGGUGGUCGGUGGUACCACUAUUUCAUUGUUUGGCAAACAUGGAAUGUUGAGACAGGGUAUGUUCGAUCUCCGCGUGUGGCCCGGUGUGGAGGGAAGCGAGAGGACGCCAGGGAAGGCGCCAGACCGCGGGAAGGAACAAAUGCAGAGACUGGCUAAACUCGCCAAGAAACAUCGCAACGGGCAUAUCCCGAAGGUGGACUGGUUAGACAGACUGACGUUUCGUGAAAUAGAAAUGAUCAACGAGAAAGAGAAGCGGAACUCGAAUUACAUGUAUUUGAUGAUUGAAUUUCCGACGGUUCAAAUAGAUGGCAUUAAUCACGCUGUGGUUUACUACGAACAAGACGGUGACGAAAUGUACCAGUUCAGAGCUCAAGCGGAAAUAGUCACCGUGCCCGAUUAUGAGAUACUUCAGGAGAACCUGGUGGAGUCGAAGCAGCACCGGCUGGCGCGCUCGCUGCGCUGCGCCGUGCCGGGCCGCGACGCCAAGCCGUCGGCGGCCGAGCGCGACCAGCUCGCCGCGCUGCUGGCCGCGCCCGCCGUGCUCGCCGCGCUGUCGGCCGACGACCAGGACCUGCUCUGGAAGUACCGGUUCUACUUAUCAUCACACCGUCGAGCCCUCACCAAGUUCCUCGCGUGCGUCAAUUGGAAUCGACCAGGUGAAGUUAGACAAGCGUUGUCAAUGAUGAAGCAAUGGGCGCCGAUGGAUGUUGAAGAUGCCUUAGAGCUGCUGACACCGAAGUUCACGCAUCCGGCCGUCAGAAAAUAUGCAAUAUCAAGAUUAAAACAAGCGCCCGAUGAAGAUCUGCUGCUUUACCUCCUACAGUUAGUACAGGCUUUGAAAUACGAGGACUACAAAGAGAUACACGAGGAAUAUGCAAAAAUCUGCGGUAAAGAGGUGCCCGUUUAUUCCGAUUCGGACGGAAAGUUGAUGCAGAGCGGACAGAGAGGCAGCCAGGCCAGUCUCCUCUCCACUUCUAUGUUGACAACGAGCGAGAUGACGACAUCGUCUACGAGCCGACACUCCGCUGAAGCGGCGGAGGAGCCGGCCCGGCCGGACAGCACCCUCGGCGAAAACGACGAAUUCGGGUCGGAGGAGCCGAGCCUGGCGGGCUUCCUCGUGCGCCGCGCGCGCAGCAACAGCGUGGUGGCCAACUACCUGUACUGGUACCUGCUCAUCGAGUGCGAGGACGAGGUGGCGGGCCGCGGGGCCGACCUCGCCGCGCGCCGCAUGUACCUCGCCGUCAUGCGCACGCUCUCGCACCGCCUCGCCACAGGUACCUCGCCGUCGUGCGCACGCUCUCGCACCGCCUCGCCACAGGUACCUCGCCGUCGUGCGCACGCUCUCGCACCGCCUCGCCACAGGUACCUCGCCGUCGUGCGCACGCUCUCGCACCGCCUCGCCACAGGUACCUCGCCGUCGUGCGCACGCUCUCGCACCGCCUCGCCACAGGUACCUCGCCGUCGUGCGCACGCUCUCGCACCGCCUCGCCACAGGUACCUCGCCGUCGUGCGCACGCUCUCGCACCGCCUCGCCACAGGUAACGCAGACCAUCAGCGCACCCGGUCGUUCCUGGCGCGUCAGCAAGUGUUCAUCGACAAGCUGGUGAAGCUGGUGAAGACGGUGGCGAGGGAAAGCGGCAACCGGAACAAGAAGGCCGAGAGGCUGCAGCAGCUGCUGUCGGACCCCGACGCCUUCAAGUUCAACUUCACGAACUUCGAGCCCAUGCCCUUCCCGCUCGACCCCAAUGUGAACAUUAAAGGAAUAGUCGCUAAGAAAGCUAGUCUCUUCAAAUCGGCGCUUAUGCCGUGCAAGCUGACGUUCCUCACGAGCGAGGGCUCCGAAUACGAGGCCAUCUUCAAGCACGGGGACGACCUGCGCCAGGACCAGCUCAUUCUGCAGAUGAUCACGCUCAUGGACAAGUUGCUUAGAAGGGAGAACCUGGACCUGAAGCUGACGCCGUACAAGGUGCUGGCCACCAGCUCGCGGCACGGCUUCCUGCAGUUCGUGGAGUCGGUGACGGUGGCGGAGGCGCUGGCGGCGGAGGGCAGCAUCCAGAACUUCCUGCGCAAGCACGCCGGCUGCCCCAGCGCCCCCUACGGCAUCAAGCCCGAGACCAUGGACACGUACAUCCGCAGCUGCGCCGGCUACUGCGUCAUCACGUACCUGCUGGGCGUGGGCGACCGCCACCUCGACAACCUGCUGCUCACCCGCGCGGGCGCGCUGUUCCACAUCGACUUCGGCUACAUCCUGGGCCGCGACCCCAAGCCGCUGCCGCCGCCCAUGAAGCUCAGCAAGGAGAUGGUGGAGGCCAUGGGGGGGGUGCACUCGGAACUCUACCACGAGUUCCGCAAGCUCUGCUACACGGCAUUCCUGCAUCUGCGCAGACAUGCAAAUCUAGUUCUAAAUCUCUUCUCGCUGAUGGUGGAUGCAUCCGUACCCGACAUCGCUUUGGAACCCGACAAGGCCGUGAAGAAAGUGCAGGAUAAGUUGAGGCUGGAUCUAGGCGAUGAAGAAGCGGUUCACUUCCUACAGAACCUUCUGGACAUGUCCGUGACGGCCGUCAUGGCGGUGCUGGUCGAGCAGUUUCAUAAAUUCGCGCAGUAUUGGCGAAAAUAAAAAAAACAAUAAAACCUCAACUCGUCAAAAUAAUGGCUAACAUGCGAGUUAAACUGAGUGUCCGAGUGUGAAUUUCACAUACCCUACUAUUACAAUACGGUACUGAUUUCUAUUGCUUAUUUUUAUUCUCUACUUUCAAUGGGCGGUCACCAGUGUCUGUAGCCGUUGAAGAGAUGUUAACAUUACAAAUAUACCAUUAAUUACAUCGUCAAAGCAUUACCGACUAUGAAAACUAAAACUCGGUGUCUGUUAUUAUUCACGUUUGUAUUUAUUCACGCUGGACCAACAAACUGAUGCUGUUUGGCAGGAUUAGUGUAGAAUAGAUGAUAUCCACUCAAACAUGUACAACCAAAUCUUUAAAUGUAACUUUAAUUUCAAUCAACAUGAGAAAAUAUUGUCAAUGGUAUUAAAUGAGUAAACCCAUGGACAAGGGAAUAUCUAAUGGUCUGUGUAUGACAUUACUAAAAGUUGUUAAUUAUUAUUCCUAAAAAUUUUCAGAAGUAUAUCGCUAUACCAAAAUGUAUAAAUAUUGGUACUUCUAGAAAAUAUUUAACUCUUUGUUGUUCUGUUUUUAUCAUAACAUAUAAUAUGUGUAUGAAGUGAUUAUUAAUGUUGGACGUUGAACGGGCAACGCUUAAUGAUAAACGAAGUAAUUUUUCUGUUCGAUACUUCAAAGUGAUGUAUGUUAUUUAUCUUAUAUAUUUAUUACACUAAUAGGAGUGUAUUCCACGAGUUUUCUUCGUCCGUCUCCAUUAACUUGUUGUCUUUAUGAAUCGCGCGACCGUCGUUGGAAGCGAUUUAAUUUAUUGAAAAUGUUACAGUACCGUGAUAAACUUGUCGAUAAAUUAAAUCCAGGGUUUUCCGUCGCGGUUUUUUUUGCUUUCAAUGGCCGUCAAGAGUACCCUAUGAGAUCAAAUUAUGAUCGCGGUUACACCCCAAAUAUAAUAUAUGAAUCGUUUUUCUGUUGCACACGAUACCUCAGACCUCGCAUAAUUACGCGUUUCAUACAAAUUUAAAAAAUAAGCACAGCAACACUAGCUAGCAACACGUAUAUUAUCACAGAUAUAUAUAUAUAUUUAAAGAUGAUGGUCAAUUUUCAUAAUUACAUCCUAAAAGUCAUUUCAAAAUUUAAUUAUAUUUCGGAAAUAAAGAAAAGUUGAAGCGACAAACACUUACUUCCAAUUUUUGGAAAAAAGAUUUAAAUUAAAAAAAAAACAACUAACGACGUAUAAAUACUUUCUACGGGGAAAGGAUUUCAGUGUUUAACAGAAAACCAUCACCGAUUUUUAUGUUCGAAUCUUGCCAGUUGAAUAAAAUUAACAAAAUUAAUGUGUUAUAAAUCUUUGUUCAGAAAAAUGAAAAGUUAUCUUUAAAUACAAUCCAGUUAUCUUUUUUUUAAUGUUUAUCUAUUUUAUCUUGCCAAUGAAUAAUUAAAUAUAGUAAUAUAUUUUAAUGUAUUUAAUGUAUAAGUUGUCUGUGUAUUUUUCUAUUUGAAAAAAUACUGUCUAGCAACAUAGUUAUUUACAUAUAACUCGAUGUACAUAUUUAUUGUUGUAAAUAUUACAGUUUUAUUUUUAAUUUGUAUUAAAUAUAAAAACAAAUAAUAAAAAAAUAAAAAUGUUUCGAGGUAAUAUGUAAUUAUAAACUUCUAUAAAUAGAAAAUUAAUAAUGUAGAAAUAUUAACAAAAUAAUUUACUUACGACAAGUAUGAUAUGUGAAAUGUAUUUGUAAAGAAAAUAUUUAGGUGAUUUCUUUCUCAGGCAACACUCACACACACUUAUAGUAAACGUACAUACAUUCUUUUAAAAUUUAAGGAAUAUAUUCGAUUUUAAAAUGAGUAUGUACAUACUACAUACAUUAUACAUCGAUGUAUAAAUAAAAUUAUAAAUCAUUAAAAUGUGUGAUAAAUGAUAUUCUAGUUUCGAGUCGAAAUAAAAAAAUCGUCCUAGAUUAGUACUUACGCAUGACGGAGCGACUAGAACAUAGCAAGUACUACGGAGUUGUUGUGAUUUUUUUUUUAAUUCAUCGGUAAAAAAACAUCGUAAAGUAUUUAUUGGAAUACAUGUCUGCCACGAACGUAUUCAACGAAAUCACAAGGGAGCAGCGUGGUGGAAUAAGCUGUUCCAUACUUUCAGCUUAAGAUUAGCAUUAGCAUUUAAAAUGUUUAUUUAAACAUUAGACAGAAACAUCUCAAAUUAACGCAUUUCUGCUAUUUUCAUUGGCUCAUCCUUUUAUAUUUGAUUGUUAACGAACAUAAAUUACGCACAUUAAAAAAUAUUUCUUAUUAUGAACUAACCUGAGAUAGAAAUCUGUGCGCUUGAAAAAAACAUGAUAAUAUUUCUGCAACCUUAUUAAAAUAAUUUAAAUAAA